CCCCCAGUUCAAGAUGCAGGUCAAGGUGAUCAAGGCCGGCAAGCGCGCCAAGGACUACGGCUCCGUGCAGGUGGCGGGCUCGGCCCCCACGGUGGCGCAGCUGAAGGCGGCCUUCGAGAAGCACGCGCGCGUGUCGCGCUUCCGCCAGAGCCUCAAGCUGCAGGCCGCGGACGGCUCGCUCGUGGCGCUCACGGACGACGCCAAGCUGCUGGUGGACUACGGCGUCAAGGGCGGCUGCACGCUCGUGUUCCGCGACCUGGGCCCGCAGAUCGGCUACCGCACGGUGUUCGUGGCCGAGUACCUGGGCCCGCUGCUCUUCGUGCUGGGCUACGCCGCGCGCCCCGCCUUCAUCUACGGCGCGGACGCCAACGCGCAGCCGCUGAGCCACACGGCGCUGCUGGGCGUGGCCGCCUGGUCGCUGCACUUCCUCAAGCGCGAGCUCGAGACCUUCUUCGUGCACCGCUUCAGCCGCCCCACCAUGCCGCUCUUCAACCUCUUCAAGAACUGCGUCUACUACUGGAGCUUCGGCGCCGUGGUGGGCUACCCGCUGUGCCACCCACAGUACGCGGGCCCCACGUCGGACCUGCAGGUCAAGGCCGGCCUGGCGCUCAUGGGCGUGUCCGAGUUCCUCAACCUGUGCGUGCACGUGCAGCUGCGCAACAUGCGCCCCGCCGAGGGCUCCAAGCUGCGCCCGAUCCCCAAGGGCCCGCUCUUCGCGCUCGUGUCGUGCCCCAACUACACGUUCGAGGUGCUCGGCUGGGUCGGCUUCUCGCUCUUCACGCAGGUGGCCGCCAGCUACGUGUUCACGGUCGUGGGCUUCCUGCAGAUGGCCGACUGGGCGCUCAAGAAACACCGCGGAUACUUCAAGACGUACGGAGACGAGUACAAGAAGCUGCGUCGCAAAGCCAUCAUCCCCUUCAUUCUGUAAGGGAGCGAGUGGAGUUAGGACACCCGAGUUGGACCCAAACCGUGAGUACGACUUUUUUCUCUUACAGCAAACCUGGAUGGAGAUAAACUACUAAACACGGACUGGAUCAACUU